CAGGGUAUAUCUGUCAUGACGGUUUCUGAUGAACUGGCUCCUUCUGGACUUUUGCCUUUGUUUACUUCAGAAACAAAAUGAUUCCCUUUUCGUCUUCUGGUCAACAAAACCAAGGAAAGCAGUGAGAAAAUUGUCCACCCAAAUCAUGAUAACUCCUUACUCAUUUUAUCACUCUUUUUUAGUCCCUUCUGCUUGUUUUUACUUCUCUCUCUCUCUCUCCCCCUCUCAAGUAAUAAUCCUGAACUACUGUAUAUCUGUAAGACCCCUAUAUAUAGAUUUACCUGAUUCAUCUUCUCAGUAGCUCCAUCAAAUUACAGUUCUUUUAAAUGACAGUUCAUUCGUUCGUUCAUUCGUUCCUGCUACCUGAAGUGACCACACUUGACUUGUUCUUACCAUAAUCAAUCAGCAUAAGUACUGUUAUAGUACUUGACAGACAUGGCUGGACAGGAGGAAGGCUGGCCUCUGGGUCUGCAGCCAUUGAAUGUGAGAGUAGGGUUGGUUAGAAACCAUGAUUUCUCUGGAUCAGUAUCAUUCAACACUCUGCUCACUGGCUCCCCAACGUGCUCCACUGUUUCUUCUUCAUCGGACUUGGACACAGAGUCUACAGGGUCUUUUUUCCAUGACAAGAGUGUCACGCUUGGGAGCCUUAUAGGCGUUUCCAGCAUUUUGGAGCUCUCUAGAAGAUCAAUACGGAGAAGAAAAACCGAACCCCUCAAGGAAAAGAAGAGCAGCAGCAGGCCCAGAUCAAUUGGGUUUUUCUCUUUGUGCUUAAGGGACAGAACUGAUGGUAAGAGUGUGAAGAAUCCUUCAUCUCUUCGCCAUUUUCUUGCUGUGGAGAGAAAAGCUUCAGCUACUGACGAAUAUCAAAGGAACCAGAACCCUAUUAAUGGUAUUGGACCCGAAGAAUUACUUGGAUUGGCGCAGCCUGUAACGGAACCAAACUCACUUUUUGUUAAUGGUCGUGUUGCUCCUCCUCCUCAAACUAUUUCGGGUACUAAUUCAGAUGUCGGAUGGAGAAAAGAAAAAGGAGUACUAGAUGAUCAGCAUGGUGAUCAAGGGGUUGAAGUUCCUUCACUAUUUUCAUGCAUGUGUGGACAAUCAACGGACUGAACAAGCAUGCAUAUUGUGUGCAAAAUCCCUUUUUUGACUCUCAAUUGUUGUCCUAGGAUGGAGUAAACUGCAUGCCUUGGAAAGAUAUGGAAACUAUUUUAAACCUCUUAUUGGCUUUGCCCAAGACGUACGGGCAAAGUGAUCAUAUGAGGAGUGCAUCUUCUUUUUUUUCAGAUUGUUUACAGAAAAUAUGAGUUUUUGUUUCGUUACUUUUUAUGGGUUUUAAUGGAAGUUGGACUUUAAAUA